GCUGUUAACGCUAGCAAGCGCCUGUUGCAAGCACGAUGAUCGGCUAUAUAAAAGCCGUUGUUGAGCUAUUCAUAUGUUGGAUAACACUCGGAAGUGCUGGCGAAUCGUGCUUGCGCAUAACUGCGCACAAAAAUCUAAACAGAAACAUUUUUAUACGCGGAAGUAGUGUUAAAAGUAAAAUAGUAUAAUACAAUUUUUACAAAAUAUUCGGAUAAUAAAUCAAAAAUCAAUGAAAUGGAUUUCGAUGCUGUGUUAAAAAAGUGUGGUAAUUUCGGGCGUUUUCAGUUUCUGGUACUGUUAUGCUUUAGUCUGACUAAUAUCCUCUCAUCGAUGCAUUACUUUGCGCAAACGAUAAUUAGUUUCACACCGAAGCAUUGGUGUUACCAUGAGAAGCUGUCGAAUGCCAGUUUCGAUGAAAUUCGCGCCGUCUACGCACAAACGAUUAAUCCACAUUGUACUUUAUUAGAGGACAUAGUCGAUGGCAAGCCGAUUGUUGCCGAAGUGGGUGGAUGCCGGAAGUGGAUUUAUGAAUAUGAAAGUGGUUACAAAAGCAUUACCUCAGAACUUAACUGGGUAUGCGAGGACACUAUACAAUCUGCGAUCGGGCAAUCCUUGUACUUUGUCGGAUCAUUCAUUGGCACUGUUUUCUUUGGUUACUUGGCAGACAAGAUCGGUCGACUCCCUGCGUUGAUCUGCACCACACUCACUGGCGCCACUGGUGACUUUCUCACAACUUUUUCAACCAAUUUGCCACUGUAUUCCAUCUUUCGCUUCAUUUCGGGUCUAUCCACAGACACAUUUUUUUACCUCAUGUACAUAAUGGUCUUCGAGUACUUAAGUCCACGAAAACGUACACUCGGUCUAAAUUUGAUCACUGGCAUAUUCUAUUUCCUUGGUUUGGCUUUGGCACCUUGGUUUGCACUAUGGUCGGGUUCGUGGCGCGGCUACCUAUACAUCGCAUCGGUGCCGGCGGUAAUUGUGCUGUUAUACCCUUUCCUCAUUUGUGAGAGCGCUCAAUGGCUGAUGGCGACUCAGCGCUAUGAUCGUGCGGUUAAAUGUCUCAAACAUGUUGCCAAGAUCAAUAAACGCGAGGUGAAAGAAGAAGUGUUUGAUGAAUUUGUUGCGUAUUAUAAACAGAAAGCGAGUGAACAACUCGCGAAGAAAACAAACAAAGAUACCUUUUGGGGCAUGUUUCGUACACCACGUCUGCGCAAAUUCGCCAUUAUGAUGUUGUUGAAGAACAUGUUUCUCGCGCUCUCGCUCGAUGUGAUCAGCCGCAAUAUGGAGGGUAUGGGCAGCUCACCAUUCAAACUGUUUUCCGUCACAUCGGUUGUUUACGUUGUGGGCGGUCUUACUAUCAUCUUACUACAAAACCACAUAGGCCGGAAGGGUAUGGCCUUUAGCACGUUCUUAGUCAGCGCCAUCAUUAUAGGCGCUAACAGUAUUCUAAUCGCUUUUCUUGAAACCGAACAAAAUGCAUUACUCUUUGCUAUUAUGACUGGUCUCGCUCGUUACGGUGUCGUGGUGAGCUAUGAGGCGGAAGCACAGUACUCCUCUGAAUUCCUGCCGACUACUGUGCGUGGACGUGGCAUGGCCAAUAUACAUGUUGCCGGUUUCGCUUUUACCAGUCUGCAUUCCUAUGUGAUAUAUUUAGGUUAUUUCUACAAACCACUUCCUUCGAUCUGUAUAUCUUUGGUAAUGUUCUUAGCUGCAAUCCUGUGCCUACCACUGCCAGAGACCAUGAAUCAAAAAUUACCGCAAACCUUGAAGGAUGGCGAGGACUUUGCGCGAAAUCAGCGCUGGUAUUAUUUUGUAUGCUUCGAUAGAAAGAAAGACACGAAAGAAACUGGAGUCAGUAAUGGAUGAAUGCGUGAAUUUAAUCAGUUUUGUGGAGCUUUUCGUUGCAAUCGGUUGUUUAUUACUAGCUAUUAAAUGUAAUGAUAUUUUUAUUUUCAUUUCCAACGCUUAAUUUGUAUUAUUCUCUUUCGUGUGAAAAAACUCAGAUAUUAUUUGUAUAUAACUGCAUAUAGAAUUGAAUAAAUCCAUAUACUUAUUUAAGAGCUA